AUGAAGUGUUUUCAGUUUUAAAUGGGACAGCAUUUCCACAAGGGAAGAAAAGUUCUUGUCCAGCCUGGCCCAGCCACUGAAACUUUUUUAAUUAGAACAAUCUCUUGAAAAUGAUGUGGAAAAAAUUCCUUUAGUGGACAUCAUUCUCACCUGCUCGUGUCUUGACAUUUAAUUCAUUUUUCUGGGACUAUGCAUCGAGGAUGCUGCGUUGUUUAAACACGGGACCAACCUUCUUCUUCCGGAGCCUACAGUGUCUUUUCCUUUGAAAACUGGAACCUAAAAAAACGUUGCCGAGUUGUUUUCCAGCAUUGAAACCUUUCAAUACAUUCCAUAUUUUUGUUGAAAUCUCGAUCCGGCAACACGUUCCAAAGUUUGUUACCGAAAAAUUCCAACCUUGCAUUCCAUUUAUAUUUUCAUUCUGGAGACGAAGAAGGGACAACCUGUGUUAAUGACUCGUAAACGCCCCCGAAAACAACCGUGUAGUAGGAAAAACGGAGCUCCAAAGGAGAGAAAAUCCAAAAAGGACAAAAAAUUCCUGGCAUUACGACUCAAACUAAGAAGGCCGCGAGAGGAGCUCGUCAGUCAAGGCAUAAUGCCUCCAUUGAAAACGCCACCAGCUUUCCACGAACAAAGGCAAAGACUAGAAAGAGCAAAGGUUGGUGAUUGCUUGCAGAGGAAGAUCAGGAUGAGGCCCGAUAAAACACAAUUAAUAAACCAACACAUUCUAGAAGAUACCAGCACAGAUCCAUUAGUAAGUGCCACUCACCAGCGCUUAAAACGAGCCCGUUUGGAGCGUGAUCUCGAAGGCAAGAUAAAAAAUCGACCAGGGCCUCUAGAGUUGAUUGAAGAAAAUAUUCUGAAAACAGAUAACUUAUUGGUUGAGCAGGCUAUCAAAGAUGGCAAAGUUAUGUUUAUGAAGACAAAUAGUAUGGAUGUUCCAAACAUGGUUGAUGAAGACAGUCAAGAGGUGGGCAGUGAUGAAGCACCCUCACCAUCGCAAUCAGAAGCAUCUUCUGUUCAGUGUCCUGACAAUAGGUUCAAUGGUGUUCCAUCUCCACCAGAUAUCGGAGCAUUUUUUGAACGUUUAAAAUCGGAACAAGUAUUGUCUCCUGUGCUGACCGUCAGUGCACUGACCUCAUUUCAAGAUUCAGGGUUGACGAGUCCUCAACAGGUGACACCACCAACGCCUUCGUUAUUCUCAAUGCCAUCACCAAAUCAUACAAAGACUUCUUCGUCUUCAUCCUCUUCAUCUUCUAAAUCCAGAAAGAAGCAAGCAAAGCGACCCAAACCCAAAGAGAUCAAGUUUCAUGAGUACAAGCCUCCAAACGAAGUCAACAGCAAAUCUGCUACAUCUGCAACUGAUGAUGAUAACCCAUAUAAUCUAUUAUUAAUGCAACAGCAGUUGUUUCUGCAGUUACAACUGCUGCAACAGCAGCAAGCCAUGCAGCAGCAGCAGCAACAGCAGCCCAGUAACCAAAAGGAAUCCUCCAGUGUAGGAUCAAUAGGAUCUCCAGGAGGCAGCGUAGACAGUGUACAGGCUACGCCGCUCAAAGUUGGCAAAAUCACUGGAAACUUAGAGGACAUGAAAGUAGCUGAAUUAAAAAUUGAGUUGAAAGCUAGAGGACUGCACGUUUCUGGCACGAAGCCGCAACUUGUUGAACGUUUGCGGCCAUACACAGAAACUAGCGCCAGCCGCUCAAAUUCUACAUCUUCUACAUAUGACGUGCCAACAUCAUCACCGCAAGCUAAAGUUAGUAGCUCAACAGAUUUUCCAUUGGAUGCCAUGAGUGAUAUCAGUGCUCCACCAUCUGUGAGCACCCCUCCAGUCUCUCCACCAGAUGCCAAACAGUUAGCUUCCGUCAAGUCAGAACCCAUGUCUCCUGGAAAUGUUUUCAUGGAUCCCAUGUCACCUCUUAAUCUGCAAGGCAAAAAUGACUCUUCCAUAAUCAUUACAUCUCAGAAUACUCAUGAGGAACGGACACUGCACAGGACAUUAAGUUCCAGCAGCAUAAGAUCAAAGACUAUUCCGAUGGACAUGGAUAGUAACAGUAAUAUUGAGCAAUGUCUGCCAGAUCUCAUAAGUGAAGACACUUCUGUCAAUGAUUCUAGCGAUCUGGUGAAGCAGCAGCAGAGAAAAAUAGAAGAACUUCAACAGCAGCUGCUGCUUUCGCAAAUGCAGAUACAGCAGCAAAAGCAACAAUUACAAAGUCGACCACCACCACCUCCGCCGCCUCCUCCACCACCACAGGGACAAUCGCAGACAGUCAAUUUACAAUUGCAGAAAAAAUUGGCUCCACAGACACUUAUUCCAGGUUUGAUAAGCACAGUACCAACUCAGCUGUCUGCAGGUCAGGUCACAGUCACAAACUCUUCAGCAUCAGUCGCACCAGUAGGCCAACCACCAGCGUUCCAAGUCAGUCAAACCUUUGCACCAACCACCAAAGUGUUAUCAUUUGGUGUGUCCUCCCCGAGUCAGCAAUUUACAUUUCCUAAACACACUAUCGAUACCAAGCCUGUUUCGAUACCAAAUGGUUUAUUUGCAUCCCAGAAAGCAUCAUCAUUACCAAACAGCCCAACAGAUGUUAUUGCAGAUACGCCAAGUUUGUCUCGGUCAAUGACAAACCCAGCAUUCUCAAGCCCACCACCAAGAUAUGAGGAUGCCAUCCGGCAAACUAAGAUAAAGAAUGGUAAUCAAGGAGGAAAUUCUCGAAGCACCCACACUCAAGACUUGGAUGACUUGUUGGAAGUUUUGGUUGAUCAUGGAUAUCAAAUUCCAUCAACACCAAGGAAUCGAGGGCAAUUGGGCAUUGCCAACAGCUUUCCUCAAACAAUAACACUUACACAAUCACCGCAACGAAUUCACCUGGCCUCGUCACCGCCAAAAUCACCAUCGGCCGGGCGUCGUGCCACAGCGUCAAAUUCAAUGUCACGGUCUAUGCCUCCAUCCCACAUGACCACCGAACUACCAAUGGACAUUGAUGCGGAACUAAGUUUAGGGACAAUUGAUCUCGGUGUUGUUAAAAGCGAAAGACUUUCACCGGCAGACAUUAACAAGGACAUCCACCAAAGCAAUUCUUUAGACAUCACAAUGAUGGACAGCGAUUCAAACAUUCUCGGAUUAAGUAAUGAUCCAUUAACGGAUACGUGCGCAAGCUCCUCGGACACAAAUGUUGACAAUUGGUUAGACUUAGUGAUUCCAAGUUCAGGCAGUGGACUCACUCCAGUGAGCUGUACUCCACCUGCCGGUCUGUCAAUCGAUAAUGUUCUCGGCAAUCCUCUUGGAAAGGAUCCGUUUUCCUUGAAUUUAUUUGAUCUAGGCGAAAUAAGCACUCCGACUGAACUACAUCAUUUGGAGGGAGACGGAUGGGACAACAUCCCGGUCGGUGAAUAAUUACAGGUCAUCAGUACAUCAUAUACCUCAACAGGGACUUCCAUAAUUAAACGCUACUGCUGUUCAGUUGUAAUACGUUGGUAUUGUACCUGAUAUUUGCCAGAUAUGAAUAUUCAUAAGACAAUGUAUAUGAAUAUUCAUUUUAAUGCUUUAAAUGGUCAAAGAUAUAUUCAGACUGAAGCAUU